UAUCAUUCAGGACAAUGGAUAUGGCCAAUAAAUCUACUGUUUCUGAAUUUGUUUUACUGGGACUCUCUGAUUCUUGGGAGCUACAGAUGUUUUUCUUCAUGGUGUUUUCAUUGUUUUAUGUGGCGACAAUGAUGGGUAAUAGCUUUAUAGUCAUCACAGUUAUAGCUGACACUCAGCUACAUUCACCUAUGUAUAUCCUACUUUCCAACCUUUCCAUCAUUGAUAUGUCUCUUGCUUCUUUUGCCACCCCUAAGAUGAUUACAGACUACCUUACUGGACACAAAACCAUCUCCUUUGAUGGCUGCAUCACACAGAUAUUUUUUCUACACCUUUUUACUGGUACAGAGAUAAUUUUACUUAUGGCUAUGUCCUUUGAUAGAUAUAUUGCAAUAUGUAAACCUCUCCACUAUGCUUCAAUCAUAAGUCCCCAGGUGUGUGUUGCUCUUGUGGUGGCUUCCUGGGUUGUGGGAGUCAUACAUUCAAUGAGCCAGGUCAUAUUUGCUCUCACUUUACCAUUCUGUGGUCCCAAUGAUGUAGACAGCUUUUUCUGUGACCUUCCUGUGGUGUUCCAGUUGUCUUGUGUGGAUACUUAUGUCCUGGGCCUCUUUAUGAUCUCAACAAGUGGCAUAAUUGCCUUGUCCUGCUUUAUUCUUUUAUUUAAUUCUUAUGUUAUUGUCUUGGUUACUAUCAAGAACCAUUCAUCAAGAGGGUCAUCUAAGGCUCUUUCUACCUGCACAUGUCAUUUCAUUGUUGUCUUCAUGUUCUUUGGGCCCUGCAUCUUCAUCUAUAUGUGGCCACUAAGGAGUUUUUUAGUAGACAAAACCUUGUCUGUGUUUUAUACCAUCUUUACUCCAAUUCUGAAUCCAAUAAUCUAUACUUUGAGAAACCAAGAAGUGAAGACAGCCAUGACAAAAUUAAAAAAUAGGCUUCUAAAUUCCAACAAGACAACUCCUUUGCAUUAUUUUUAGUUAACAUCUAGUUUUAGCUUAACUUCUAGUUUUAACAUCCUAGGCAUUAAGUACCAGUUUUUGAACACACAGGAUGUGCUAGGCUUUUAUUUGUUAUUAAACUGUAAUUGCCAAAAUACAAGGUAAGUUUAUUUUUAAAACUAUUUCAUGCAUAUAUUUAAAAUACACCUUAAAUUUUAGAAAAGCAAGCUGACAAAAGCAAUUUCUUCUAGAAGCAAAGAAUAUCUAUAAAAAUUCCAAGCAUGACUAUUCCAGUUAGGAAAUUCAAGAUUAAUAUCCUGUUCAUUGAAAAAAGGAAAGAAAUGAGAAGAGGAAAAAUCAAUUAAAAGACAACUAGGAGAUAAUAUUUACAUAACACUAGCAAUUGAGUUACUCAAAAAGUUGUCCCUAAAGUAUGACAAAUUAGUAAUAUUUCUAUGUCUGUAAGCCUUAGAAACUCAAUACUGCUAUAUAGCAUUGGCCUGUGACAAAUAGGCAACAAUUUUCUACAUGUAUUUCUGAGUCCUUAGUAUGUAACAUUUAAACCAAUUCAUGUUCUCUUCUACUAAAGAAAAGCCUACAUAUGUAUGUUUCAUUACAAAUGUUGAUGAGUUCCAAAGAAAAUGCUAUAAGUAGAGAUUUCUUCACUACUCACUUUCAGCUAGCAAGAAAGGAAACACAGCCAUAACUCCUUCGGAUAAUACAGAAUGAGUAAAGAGCCCGGAGAAUUCAGCAAAUCAGAAAAUAUUAUGAAACAAGUUUCAAGGCAGUACAAUUUGUUUUAUACAAAACUAUGUCAGCUUAAUGUCUGGGAAGUUAAAAUUAGAUUUAAAUUAAGAGAUACUGUUAAUAAUAAUAAGUGAAUUUGUGGAGAGCCUAUGCUUUCAUUUAAAAGUAUUUAAUUGCAUUACACUUUGGUUAAAAUAUAUCUUCCUUUUAAUAUUUGGUUGCAAAAAUAAGAAUUUUGUGCUUGGUAAUACAUUCUCAAGGUAGUAAGCAUGUUUCUGUAUAUGAACAGCUAUUUUAAAAAUAUUUAUACUGUUUUAAGUAAUACUAGGUUCAAGAUUAGCUUAAAGGUACACAAGUUAUUACUUGCUGUUCAGUACAGUACUGGAAUUGGGACCAUUGAAGGUCAAGAGAAAUAAUUCUCCUGGAUGCCUUGCUUUGUAAAUCAUCUUCUUUAAAUGAUGGUAACCAUAAAAGAGUGAACUCUUAUUUAGAAUUUACUAAGUUAUAUUUAUGAAAUAUACAGUCCAAUAUAUUAUCCAACUUAUAUAUCAACAAGAGUAAA